AUGGGCAAAGCCCUAGCCACAGACCUUGUAUCCAAAGGCUGGAACGUGGCAUGCGUCGACAUCAACUCAGAAGCAGGCCAAGCCGUGGCAGCGAACCUAGGCAACCAAGCAAUCUUCAUCAAAUGCAGAGUGGACGACUACGACGAACAAGCGCAAGCAUUCACCCAAACAUUCGAGAAAUGGGGUCGUCUUGACGCCGCCUGCUUGAACGCCGGUUACGUCGACCGCACCUCGAUUUUCCAGCUGAAAGCCAGAAACAGCGACGCCGCCGACACCUUACCGCCGAAACCGGAUUUGUCAUGCACCGACGUCUGCUGGAAGGCCGUUGUGUAUGGCACGAUGCUGGCGGUGCAUUUCAUGCGCAAGAACGCCACUCCGGGAGGUCAAAUUGUUGCGACAUCUAGCGCUUGGGGUCAUUAUGGAUGUCCGACGGCGCCGGAGUAUAGUGGUGCGAAAGCGGCGGUCAUUGAAUUCUGCCGCGCUGCUGCUCCGGUGUUGAAAAUGAGGGAUAACAUCACCAUCAACGCCGUUUUACCGGGCCUUGUUAGGACUGGAGUGACACUCCCUGCCAUGUUGGAUUCCUAUACUCCUGAAUAUAUCACGCCAAUCGAGAAUGUUCUUGCCAGUUACAACAGGUUUCUAGAGGAUCCGUCGCUGAACGGCCAGUUUCUGUACUGUGCUGGGCCGGCACCGGAUGAUAUCCAGUUCGUGCCGCGACCUUCCCGGCCUACGGGCGACCAGUCGUGGAUCAUGGAAUUGGUCUGCGAGCCACUGUUUGAACGGGUGCAUGGCGAGCGGUCGGGGUUGCCGGAUGCAUUUUCGCCGGAAAAGCCGGGGCUUCAUGUGAAAGAUCAAGCUCAACAGGGGCAAUAG